AUGUACACCAACUUCUUCACCAUCCUCACUAUGCUAGCGGGUGUGGUCAGUGCCCUCCCGGCGGACAGCGAAAACACCAAGCAGCUAUACCGCCGUGACCCAAGCGAUCAGUCUGGAAACUCGCGUUUCAUCUAUCAGUGCGAGGAGACUAUCAUCCCCAGCCCUGGUGGUGGCGGCGGUGCUGGAGAAGGCGGCUAUGGGUUCUUCUCUGAUAGAUUCAGCUUUAUUGACCGCGAUGGUGCCAAGGUCGUGCCCGAUGCUUGCGAGUACACAGAUUCGGGCCAUUUCUGCACCAACUGUAUCUUCAACAGCAAGUACCUCUCCUCGCCAACUAAUGCGACUGAAGACCCAACUGACAAGGAGACACAGUGCUACAAUCCUCCCGCAGGCAUGUACCAGGGAUGCAGUUUGAGCUUCCAGUACAAUAAUUAUCCUUAUGAUACGCAGGAGGGGCAGGAUAAGUGUGGACACCAGGUCUCGUACCCUGGAUUCUCAGACAUUGGGAAGGCUAUUUGCUACUUCGACGAUGGCUGGAGCGGUUAA